CCCCAUGGCACUGCAGAUCUGGACACAUGCGGCCUCGAGGGCUGGAUGCGCCUCUUUGUACCCUUCCACAUGGGCAACAAAGACGGGGUCAGCGGAGAUAAUAGCCACAAUGAUAGGAACGACUCAACCACUACACCGCAAGGCUACCAAGACGAUGAUCAUCCUGAUCCUAUGGGAGAUUUGGAAACACAGAAACGAUUGCACCUUCACAAACAAGCAGGCGCACAUGCAAGAUAUAAAGUGCGCAAUCACGAGAACCGUCGAGCUAUGGAGACAAGCUGGAGCAUCUUUCUUGGAGCACCCUUUCUGGGAGCCACCGUGAAGGAUCGGCUCUGUUCCUCCCCUCUCAUUUUCUUUUCCCUUUUCUUUCACUUUUUUCUCCUUGAUCUUAAGAUCGUUUCGCCCGCCCCUUUUGUAACCGCAUUUCUACCUGCUAUGUUCUAAUAUAUGCCAGCAUUCCAAGCUGGAUCUUAAAAAAAAAAGAUAGUGAUGCCAUCCCCUACUCGCGAGACCACCCCAGGGCUAGGGGAGAAACCACCCCAGGGUUCGGGGCUGCGCCCCUCAAACCUCGUUCUCUUGCUGGCAUAUAAAUGGCGGUCAGAUCGACCUAGCUAAGAAACCGAGGCCCAAAUUAACUCUACCGCUGCUCCCCUGAACGCUACUCUCACAAGUCACACCUUCCACUGCGAGGAGGCAGAAACAAAACCCCGAGCUAUAAGCUCCUCCUGUCUGCAAAAUGAUAUCGUUGCACGACCUGUACACGGUGCUGGCGGCAGUGGUUCCGCUUUACGUGGCGAUGAUCUUGGCGUACGGCUCGGUGAGGUGGUGGGGCAUCUUCACGCCCGACCAGUGCUCCGGUAUCAACCGCUUCGUCGCCAUCUUCGCCGUGCCGCUGCUCUCCUUCCACUUCAUCUCCACCAACGACCCCUACGAGAUGAACCUCCGCUUCCUGGCCGCGGACACGCUGCAGAAGCUCCUCGUCCUGGCCCUGCUCGCCGUGUGCUCGCGUCUGAUCCCGUUGCGGCGGGCCUGGGUACCGCGGCUGGACUGGUCCAUCACGCUCUUCUCGCUGUCGACACUGCCCAACACGCUGGUCAUGGGGAUACCUCUGCUCAUAGCCAUGUACGGCCCCUACGCUGGCUCGCUCAUGGUCCAGAUUGUCGUGCUCCAGUGCAUCAUCUGGUACACGCUCCUGCUCUUCCUCUUCGAGUUCCGCGCCGCUCGCAUGCUAAUCGCUGAUCAGUUCCCCGACACCGCGGCGUCCAUCGCGUCGCUGCAUGUAGACCCUGACGUGGUGUCGCUGGAGGGCGGCCGCGCGGAGACGGAGUCCAAGGUGACGGUGGACGGGCGGCUGCACGUCACCGUGCGCCGGUCCUCGGCGUCGAGGCGGUCGACGCUGAUGGUGACGCCGCGGCUGUCGAAUCUGACGGGCGCGGAGAUCUACUCCGUGAGCUCGUCGCAGAACCCCACCCCGCGGGGCUCCAACUUCAACCACGCCGACUUCUUCGCCAUGGUCGGUGGUGCGCCGCCGCCGCCAACGCCCGCCAGGGUGGGCGGCUCGAGCUUCAGCGCCUCCGAGCACUACCCGGUGCAGUCGUCGCAGGGGCCGACGCCGAGGGGGUCCAACUUCGACGAGCACUCGGCAGGGCCGAAACAUGCCAUGACAGACGCCGGGCCGCAGCACGACCAUGACGCCAAGGAGCUCCACAUGUUCGUGUGGAGCUCCAGCGCCUCUCCCGCCUCAGAAGUAAGCGGCUUGCCGAUGUUCAACGGCGGUACAGGCGCAGCGCAUCUCGGUGGCGGUGCCAAGGAAAUCCGCAUGGUUGUCCCCGUGGACCCGCCUCAGAAUGGCUCAUGCAAAGAGGACGGGGGCUACGCCGCGGCAGCGAGGGGAGGCGCAAAGGCAGUGGAGGACGACGGCGACGCGGUGCAGGCCGGGGCGGACGGGCUGACGGCGAAGCUGAACUCCAGCCCCGGCGAUGAGGACGGAGCGCAAACCGGGAGGGCGCGGCAGCACGAAAUGCCGCCGGCGAGCGUGAUGACGCGGCUCAUACUGAUCAUGGUGUGGCGCAAGCUCAUCCGCAACCCCAACACGUACUCCAGUCUAAUCGGCCUCACCUGGUCCCUCGUCGCCUUCCGGUGGCAGGUCUCCAUGCCAAGGAUCGUCGAGAAGUCCAUCUCCAUCCUCUCGGACGCUGGGCUGGGGAUGGCCAUGUUUAGCCUGGGACUGUUCAUGGCGCUGCAGCCGAGCAUCAUCGCGUGCGGCAACUCCGCCGCCGUCGCCUCCAUGGCCGUCCGCUUCCUCGCGGGCCCUGCCGUCACUGCUGCUGCCUCAGCCGCCGUCGGUCUCCGUGGGACGCUCCUCAAGGUCGCCAUUGUUCAGGCGGCUCUACCACAAGGGAUUGUGCCUUUUGUUUUCGCUAAGGAAUACAAUGUCCAUCCUGCGAUCCUGAGCACUGCCGUCAUUUUUGGCAUGCUAAUAGCUCUUCCUAUUACAUUGGCCUACUACGCCCUUCUUGCACUGGUACACUAAUCAAUGGUGCUGCUGAAAACACACAGCAGAGGUAGACGUUUUAGUACUGCUACCAGAUCAUACUUUGUAAGCUUUUAAGCUCAGUCCACGUAUGGCCCAUGGCUUGUAAUUUUGGGUCACGUGUUUGUGAAAAUCCCUUGCGAUGACAAAACUGGCCUGGAAUUUAUGGUUCCAGGAUUAUAGACAGUAUUAUACAUACAUAUAGCUUAAUUAAAAUCAA